AUGGAAUCAACUUAUAGAACAUGGCUCGCUGCAUUGAAGAAUGCCAAUGGUGUUUGGAAUGUCGAUGAGCUAGGAAGGGAUCUCAGGACAACCCUCGGCACAACAAAGUGGCAGUUGGAAGAAUUCGAGCGUGCAACGAGAUCGAGUUACAUCAGCACUAACUCGGCUGAUCACGACGCAAAAGAUAGACAUCAAGAAUUCAUAGUUGCUAUCAAGGAUCAGAUAACAAAAGUUGAAAGCUCUUUAACCAAAUCCACAGUUUCACAUGGCAAGCCACCCCUGCCCUGGGUGCGAUUAGAUGAAGGUGAAAGAAAUGAACUUGCCUUAUUUCUUUCGGAACCAUCUUCGAAUAUGACCUCGAGCAAAGCUCACAGUAAACAGGGAGUGGAAAGCUUGCAAGAGGCCUGUGGACUAACAACGAAUAAGACUUCAAGGAGUUCAGCUCAUUUAGUCGAGUUGGACCAAGUGAGCGGUAAGAAAGAGAAGUUUUCAGGUCAUCGUAGGACGGCUAGUGCCAGUGCUGACAUUGGAUCUUGGAAAAUUAUGGUGCCUGAUGAUGUAUUGACACAUAGUCAAUCCAAAAUAAAUCCCGAUCCACCCCCACGAAAGAUACCUAGUAUUUCUAGCUUCUUGAAUACCAUGGAAUCUUCUGUAUCUCAAUUAAAAUGGUCAAGGAAUGGUUAUAAGAAAUUAAAGGUUACAGACCAGCCUCAAGAAUUUGAUGCUACAGUGCCGAAGCAUCAGAAUUUGACCCGA